UUAUCAGAAAAUAGAUAAAGCGAUAUAAGACAAUAGGUCAGUAUUCAUAAUUGUUUCUCAUUCAUAUUAUCUCUCCGACAGAAGACAAAUCAUAAGCUCAACAUACAGGACUAUAAUGAAGAUAUUAGGUGUCUCCCUACGUUUCUUACUUUUAAUAAAAACUGUCGAUGCUUUCCAAUGUUUCUCUUGUAAUCAAAUUGAUGACCCGUUGCUAUGUAACAAGACAGUCACUUGCUCCGGAACACAAGAGUUUUGCUACAUGCAUGUACAAGAGGGAAUCUAUGAUAUGGGAUGCUCUGAUAAUAAGCAUUGCGGAGGCGUUCCUGACAUAGGCAUCGUUGGGCGGGGCUUAAAAUAUGUCCAACCUUACAUACGCAGCGAAUACGAUACUCGUAUUUUAUUGGACCGCAGAUCUUCGUAUUGUGCUGAGUGCUGCUCUAUGGAUAAUUGUAAUAUUGAUCUUUGUCAACAUUUGAAACCAACACAAUGUGUUGAUGAUGAAACUGUUGAUUGUGCAAAGAUGAACUCGAUCUUCCACAUCUGCAAUGACACACAUCAAGCCAAACUUGUCUGUCCGAAAUUCUGCAACUUAUGCAAACUUGUUGAUGGCAUAUGGGCAGAAUGGUCAAAUUGGGGUACAUGCUCGCUUAAAAGUGAUGUGUGUACGCAAUCGAGAUUUCGAACAUGCACCAAUCCUGCUCCUGCUUUUGGAGGACUUGGUUGUGAAGGAAGGAAUACUGAAACCAGAAAAUGCUCAACCCACUUUUGUCCUGGAGUAUGUGCUGGAAAAGAGUACUUGAAUUCAAGUUUAUCAAACGUUGCUAAAGGUAAAAGCGUCACAUUGAGUUCAUUAUUCGACUCAAUUUCUCCGAGAUCACUUAUGGUGGAUGGAAAUCGUGACAGCUCCUGGCCAUGUGCUUGCACUUUAAACAGUGAUCAUCCGUACGCCAUUGUCGAUUUGCAGCAUCCGUUUAACAUACUUUCCAUGUACAUUGUAAACAGAGGAGACUGUUGUCCUGAACGGCUCAAUAAUUUGGCUGUGUUCGUUGGAAACUCAACAUCAAGUUUGAGCCUUGCUGCACAACACCCAGGUCCUAUUGGUGCAGACUGUAUCUUAGUAUUCGAUUCAGCAGUGCACGGACGAUAUGUAAAACUACAAAUACAAGGCGUGUCGUAUCUAACAAUUUGUGAACUCGAAAUAUAUGCUGAAUAAAAAUUUUCAUCCCAAAA